AUGCCGGGGAACAAGCUGCAUUCGCCCAUCUGGAUACCUUACGCCCUGUACGGAACCGUCGACUAUAUCUACGGCUGGCCGGCAUUCAAUGAUCGAAAUGGGUUCACCGCUGCGCAAUCGGUUCUGAACCUGGUCGAAACAGUCGCGUAUAUCUACUACCUCGUGGCUGUGUAUAGAUACGGGGACACUGUAGCCUCCAAUGGUCGUGGAUCACAACGGAAAACAAAAAAGGGUUUGAGAUGGUUUCUGGGGGAAGAGAAGGUCGUAUCAGGCCGUGCGGGGGCAAUUGCUCUUAUGGUCGCGUUCAGCGCAUCCUUGGUUACCCUCAGCAAGACUAUUCUUUACUGGCUUAACGAGGCAUUCUCAGGAUUCGCCAACAUAGGGCACAACGACACCCUAACUUUGAUCUUCUUGUGGAUUAUUCCCAACGGUCUCUGGAUUGUAUUCCCCAGCUAUAACAUCCAUGUGCUGGGAUCAGAGAUUAUAUCUUCUCUUGAAAAUGCAGGUACGCGCGCAAGGGGACGUCCCAAGGCAUCAUAG